AUGGAGCUUGUGGGGGGGGAGCGGUGGAACCCUCAGCUCCAGAACCUCCAGAACCUCCAGCAAUCCUCGCUCUAUCCGUAUGCACCCGUCGGCAUCGGCAUCCUACCCGCCGUCCCCGACGCCUCGCAACUGCCCGAAAAGGCACCAAGCAGCAAUGCCGCCACGGGCGCAUCGGCCGCCGGCGUGCGAGCUCUCACCUCGCAGGCCGUAGCCUUCUACUUCCGCGCCCCCGUCAAGGCCUUCUUCCGCACCCGCGUCGACUACCUCGCCUACGCGCGUGCCGUGCAAGAGAUGGCCCUGAACCAGCGGGCCCUCAGCCAGUUGCACCCCUUGCCCGCUGCCGCCUCGGGCUCGUCCAUCUCGGGCGCCUGGCUCUGGUUCAAGCUGCGCAUGCACGCCACCACGCCCGGCGUACUCGCGUCGGCCGUGCGCCACGACGGCUGGCGCGUCGUCCCCGACCACGUCCUACCGCCGCUGCUGGCCAACGUCGGCGUCGGCGCCGUGCUGUACACGAGCUACCUGCAGAUCCUCGGCCGCCUGCACCCCGAGAGCUCCUUCGCCAGCAGGCGCGUGUAUCCGCCGCCGGCGCCGCUCGAGACCUUCGCCGCCGGGUUUCUGGCCGGCACCAUCCAGAGCGUCGUGGCCGCGCCCCUCGACGCCGUGCAGGCGCGCUACGACCUUGGCGCCCACGCCGCCGGCAUGACGGGCAGCGGCAAUCCCGUCCCCAGCACGGGACCCGCUACUGCUGCCGCGCUCGAGCGGCCCAAGAACAUGUGGUCGUUCGGCGCGGCCAAGCUGCGCGAGAUCGGCUUGCGCGGCAUCUUUGCCGGCUGGGGCCUGUCGUUCCUCAAGGACAGCAUGGGCAGCGCCGUCUUCUUCGCCACCUUCGAGUAUCUCAAGGCGCAGGGCUACUACAGCUUCGUGACGUGGUACUACGGCGCGCUGAACCCCGACGCCGUCGUGGUCCUCUCGCGCAAGAGGCCCGCGCCGGCGACGAGGGCGGACGGCCUUGGCAGCAGCCGUGACGAUGUCGCUGCUGCCGCCGCGUCGCAUAUGCCCACCGUCAUCAGGCCGCAUUACGCUAUUGAGCCCACGUUCCUGCUGCUAGCCGGCACGGGUGCCUCGGUGUCGCAGCAGGUCGUGCUGCACCCGCUGUCGCACAUCCAGGUCGAGCACUGGGAGCGGCUGGAGGCGCUCGACGCGCAGGUGCGCAAGAUGCGGCGCGACGAUAGGAUGGCGUCGUCGUCGUCGUCAUCAUCAAAACCUGCCGGUGCUACCAGUACGACGCCCAGCAAGCAGCCGAGGUGGCGCAUGUUCCAGGCGUACUGCGACGCGUACCGCCAGUCCUGGGCCAAGUGCCACGCCGAGGCCUGCGAUGCCGGCCUGACCAUGCGCCGCUGGCUGUACCGCGGCUUCUGGUGGAACACGAUCCGCCAGGUGCCGAGUACUAGUGCGGGCCUGAUUAUCUUCGAGCUCGUGCGCCGCAAGUACGGCCUCGGCGCCGACCAGGUCCGCAUCAGCAAGGAUGGGUAUGAUAUUCUCCUCAACUAGUUAGGGCGGUAUGAGAGUGUGUGGCAUGUGUUAUGGUGUUGGUGGUAAUUAGUGUUGUAGUUAUUGGGUGCACGCAUAUUAGGCGG